AUGCCGGAUUUGACUUCAACUUCAAGUGUGAACAACAAGCACAAGAUCUCAAAUGUCAACCCGCGAAACGUCUACAGAGGACCCGAUGCAUUGAAGCAAUACUUCGAUCCAGAUUGUGCACCACCGCUGCCGCUGGUCGAGAUCAGCUCCCCGGACCUCAAUCCCUUUUACGAAGAUGGAGUUCGCAUCUACGCAAAGAUGAUGUCUUCGCAUCCUUGUAAUAACGUUAAAUGUAUGCCGGCAAUGAACUUGUUGGCGAAAGAAGUGGUGCCAGAGGAGACCGACAAAAUUGUCGAGUACAGCUCAGGCUCGACAGUGAUAUCGAUGUCUCUCGUAGCCAGGGUCUUCCACGGUAUCGACAACACGCAUGCAUAUCUUUCCAAUAAGACCAGCGAGGCAAAGCUCAAACUCAUGCAGUUCUUUGGAUUAAACCUAACGUUAUUCGGAGGCCCAUCACAGCCAGAGCCAACUGACGAACGCGGUGGUAUCCAAUGGGCUCGCAGCCAAGCCAUGGAAUCCAAGUCAACCGUCAAUCCAAAUCAGUAUGAAAACGAUGCAAAUUGGCAAGCCCAUGUGAAGUGGACUGGGCCUCAGAUCAUGAAGCAACUGCCAGAAAUCAGCGUGCUUGCUGUUGGAAUGGGGACCAGUGGAACGGCGACUGGACUUGGGCACUAUUUCGCCACUGCAAAGCCAUCUUGUUUCAGGCUAGGCGUCUGCACCGCACCGGGUGAUCGUGUUCCUGGCCCAAGAUCAUAUUCCCUCCUCGCACCUGUCGAAUUCCCGUGGAGGCAGUCCGUCGACCACAUUGAGCAUGUCGGAUCUCAUGACUCCUACACUCUCUCGCUACGGCUGUGUCGGAAUGGCAUCCUCUGCGGCCCUUCCUCAGGGUUCAAUCUCCAAGGCCUUUACAGCUUGCUGGAGAAGAGAAAAGCCGCCGGUACGCUCCAGCAGAUGGCGGAGGCUGACGGGUUGGUCCAUUGCGUCUUCUUGUGCUGUGAUUUCCCCUAUCAAUACAUCAACGAGUACUUCUCGAAACUCGGGCCAGAAGCUUUCCCACCAAUCACCAACGAGCAUCUCACCAAAGUCGAUCUCCAUCGCUACGAUGAGGCGUGGGAGCUCCCUCCCUCAGAUGCCGUCCCGUUGAAAGAGAACACUCUUGUUGUCGAUCUUCGGAGACAGCAAGACAAUCUUCAAGACAGCUUAACCCCGUCGAUCAACAUCUCACUGAAAACCCUGGACUCUGGGUCAAGGAGUCCAUUCUUUGAAGCCGAGCUAUUGGACAAGCAGUGGUGCGAGCUGGAAUCGCUCUUCUCGCAGUCAUACCUGCAGUCUCAAUUUGCAGGGAAGAAGUUGCUCUGUGUCUGCUACAAUGGUGAUACUGCUCGUGUGGCAACGAGUGUGCUGCGUGCCAAGGGCUUCGAGGCGGACAGCAUUCGAGGCGGGUUUCGGGCGUUGAGGGAAGUGAGGCCACGGUCUCCUGCAGACUCGGUGCUGGAGGAGAAAUAUGAGAAUUCUACUGUUGACGAGAGCGUGAAGGUGUUAUGA